CUGGAGCCUCAAAAGCUUUCCACUUCUGUGCGCUGAGCUAUCGACGUCCCCUACAGCAGGCUUACCGUCGCCGAGGAAAACCACUCGCUUACUCCCAAAGUCUAUGUCGUAGCAAUUGCAUAUCCGAUAACUGCUACUGGAAGCCAUCUAUUACCUGCUAUGCCUUAGAACCGAUCCGUCACUUCCGCUGCCUGUCUUGCGCCGACUUGUCCCGAGGUUAACUUCGCAAUGGAGGACCUUUCGCGGUCUGAGUACCCGGCGAUGCUGGCGCAUCUAACGCCAAAUCAAGCAUCGCAAACACUGAACGAACGUGUCAAGAGAAUCUUGCGGACGAAUACCGAGAUCGCCGACUGGCUGCAGGAACGUCGCAAGGUCGAGGAACAAUACAUCGCCGGACUUAGGAAACUCGCGCUCUUCAAAGUUCCUAAUGCAAACUCGGAGUUGGGAGUCUUCCAACCUCCCUGGGACAGGGUCCUUCACUCUAUCGAAUCGAUCGCCGCCUCGCACCAGCUCUAUGUUUCGCGAAUCGAAAAAGAUGUCGAACACUCACUACGGGGCUUUCAGUCCCGUCCGGAAGUCGCGGGCAUGCAGACCUUCAUGACCAACAUGCAGAACAUGGCGAAGGAGCUUGAUGACUCACAGACUGCCGCGGACAAGGCCAACAAGAAAGGCGGCAAGAAGGCCGAAGCCGCAAACACGAGGCUGGAGACGGCUACACAACAGUGGGAGUCGCAAGCGCCAUUCAUAUACGAGUCACUGCAAGCCCUUGAUGAGCAAAGGACAAACCACCUGCGGGACCUCUUGACACAGUUGCAGACGCAUGAAGUCGAUCAAGCCAGUAGGACUCAGGCAUCGGCCGAGGAGGCACUCAAUAUGACUCUCGAAGUGGACACCGCCCAGGAAAUACAGAGUUUCGCAAGCAAGACCGUGGCUGGGAAACCGAAGCAGGAGAGGCGCGCUGCGAUGUCAAGGCAGACCAGUGCUGUCGCAGCUACUACCACAAGGCCACCAAGCAGCGCAGGUGGUCUUAGUGGCCACCAAGAUGAUGCUACAAACAGCAGCGAGCACUCUGGUGGUAGGCCAGAACCGCCUACAGAGUCGAAGUUGCGAAGUAGGCUCGGUACAAUGCUCGGACGGCGACGACAGAGCAUCCAUGGUUUCGGUCAGCUCUCGCCAUCCAAGAACACUGGCCCCUUCAGCCGAGGCCUCAGCAGCGCCCACGGCCCCCGGAUGUCGCCUCGAGCUUCUAUGAACAAUUUGUCAGAAUCCGGCAGGUUAUCCUCGCUUGCCGAAUCACCAGACUCGCCUCGGGAUGGCAAAGCCCCCGAUACCAAUGGUAAACCUUCGUACGAUGGUAGCACAAAUGGGCUGAAGCCCAAGGAUGAGGGAUCAUCUGCUCACGCCGGUGAAUCUGGCUCGACAUCAAAACCAGCUCUCACAAACGGCGAGCCCACUGCUGAUGACCUGUUUGGGCCUGCGCCUGCGGCCUCCCAGACCACGAAUGAGACAGGGGACAAUACGGGAGGGAAGGAUGCAGAUGGAUUCACCGUCCCCCCUGAGAUGAACGACCCGAUAUCGCAAGCUCAAAAGGAGGCCGCAGGGGACGAUCACGACCAGUUCUUCAAGUUGAAUAUCCAGAAGGAACCUGUGGCAGAGGAGGAUGCAGACGCCCAGAAGGCCGCCAUAUCCAACGUGACGAACACGCUCUCCAUGUCUAUGCCCUCGCGCAAGAGUGGCACCAUUCGUGGACGGAGAGAUGUCCGGAACACUAUCUAUAUGCCACCGCCAGCUAUGCCGGACACUGGUAGCCACCUCGGCACGAUACCUGCAUCGCCUUCAUUGCCUACGUCAGUCUCCAAACCAUCAGCCGUAGCAACCCUGACUUCAGAGGCGAGCGUUGCCGCAAUGUCGGACACGCAAUCGGUUCACUCGUCAAACUCGCUGAACAGUUUGGCUCAUGCCAAGCACCCGGAGUUGACGGCUCCAGGGCUCAGCUCGUCGAUAAUAGAAACAGUGUCUGCACAUUUUGAGGGCGGUGAUUUGAAGACUGUCAAGGUCAAUGGAGAGAUUGCAUUUGCUUAUAACGCCGGCCCGGAUUUCACUCCGAAAGACCAUGAGAAUAUCCGAAUAGACAACAUGCCGUUAUUGGAGGCAAUCGGACCCAACCGGAUCUUUGUUUCCAACACAGGCUACUCUGACGAGUUCACCCUUGACACCUCGCACAUGAGCAAGACUGCAACGGCCUUCACCUACCGUCUCCACUGCGAGCCUGAAGAUCCAUCCACCCUCGCAGCCCUUUGUCCCCUUAUCGUUAAGCCGGCAUGGAAGCCGACGCAGGACCACAAGCUCGGCUUGCUCCUCCAGUACGCACUCAACCCAGCAAUGUUCCCAAAUGUCGAUGGUGGCGCUUCCUCCCCUACCUCGGAGACCUCGUCGUCACUGCCGCAGACGAUAACGCUACGCAACCUCGUGUUUGUCGCAACAUAUGAGGGCCGUGCCUCAGCAGCGCAAACCAAACCUGCCGGCACGCACCUGCGUGACAAACACCUGGUCUACUGGCGUCUGGGAGAUGUCACUUUGACAUGUGGUAGCGAGAUUGAGUGGUCCAAGAUUGUGUGCCGCAUCGUGGGAGCAGAUGGCGCCGACGUCCAGCCUGGUCAUAUCGAAGUCAGGUGGGAAUACACACCACAGGCCUCGUCAUCUGCGCCCCGCAUCUCGAUCAGCAGGCUGCUGGAGGACACCAAGGGCAAGGGCAAAGCUGUGGUUGAGGAGGACGGGACUCUGUCAGCCGGUGACCCCUUUUCGGAUGACAACCCAAUCAGCCCGCGCAACGAUGAUAGGAAGUGGGCCGAGGUGCCGCUGGUGAGGAAGGCCGUGAGCGGAAAGUAUGAAGCCAAGUGAACAUUGCUGACAGCAUCCGUUAUAUAAAUCUUUCUACAAAAAACCCAUUUUGUUCAAAAAAAGGUGUUUGUUGACAUAUCCCUGCCGAACUAGGCGAUUUCCUUUUUCUUUUCCUUUCCUUUUUUUUUCCCCCUGUAACUAUCCCUGAGUCCCUUCUUGUUGCGGCAUACCCCCCCAAUUGUUGUAUGUAUUACGAGCCCUGGUUUGGAUGUUUUGUUCUUUCUUUUGUGCCAGGUAUCCGUCUACUAUCUCUGCUGGGUGCAUCAUCGGAGGAAAGAGAACAAAAAAGUGUGACAUUUGAAAACCUAAUCUAAACAACUUCGAUUCAAAAGCAGCACUUACCUACUUACCUACUUUAUUUGCAUUGGCUGCUUGAUCAGAACUCCCCUAUUUCUACUGCAAUUUUAAUUCUUCCAUUUACACCCACCCUCCUCUUAUUCCUGCUCCUCUUUUUGCGUCCCGCUAGUGGUUUGAAGGCCAUCCGAUGUUUUCCUGGCAGUGGGCAGUGGAGGAAUCCAUUGAGCUGACACCGUCGCCUGCGGCUGCAAUCCAAAUCCUGGCCUUCCGC